GUGGGACAGAACCCUUCUGACCUCAGGAUCCUGGGAUCUGUGAAGCUCGAAACAGUAGGUGACCAGGUCCCUUUAUCUUCCGACACCAUGGCCCUGAACCCAGCCAAGCCCAAGUCCAGCGUGCGCCUGGUUUUCUUUGGCGCGGCUGGCGUGGGCAAGACUGCGCUGAUCCAGCGCUUCCUGGCGGACACUUUUGAGUCUCAGCACAAGCGCACGGUGGAGGAACUGCACUGCCUGGAGUAUGAGCUGGACGCGCAGCAGGUGCGCGUGGAGAUCAUGGACACGAGCGGCAGCUAUUCCUUCCCGGCUAUGAGGCAGCUUGGCAUCCGCCGCGGGGACGCCUUCGCCCUCGUCUACUCGCUUCAGGAACCCGAGUCCUUCCAGGAGGUGCGGCGGCUGCGCGCCGAGAUCCUGGAGACCAAGGGGGAGGCGCUCAGCCCGCCGCCCAUCGUGGUGGUGGGCAACAAAAGCGACUUGGCGCCCCGUGGGAGCUUCCCCGACGCCGUGAUCGCCGCCGUGCAGCUCGAGUGGGGCGGCAUCUACCUGGAGGCGUCGGCCAAGCGCGGAGAGAACGUGCUGAGCCUCUUCCAGGAGCUCCUGCAGCUUGUGCACCUGCCUAGCCGCCUCAGCCCGGCACUGCGCCGGCGCCGCCAGACCUUCCCAGUGGGAGCGCCAGAUGGGGCGAUGGGGACGAUCCCCAAGUCCGGAGCCGUGAUGCGCAAGCGCCACAGCUGUGCUGUGUCUUAGCGCUCGCCAUUCCCCUGUCUCUGAGCGACCCAAACCUGGAGAAAGAAAAUGCAGCCUCGGCUUAGUGCCCUUCCCUUUCUUUCUCAGUUUUCCCCGCCGCUUUGGUUCAGACUCUCGAACCCCUCCCCCCCCCCAACCUGGCUGAAGCUGCUGUAGGUAUCCUGGCGCUACUGACACACUUCUCCCUUUAAGGGGCGCAGCGGAGUAGUUUCUUAGGGGGCUCUAUGGGACUGGGUCCCAGGGUUGACUAGGGCCUGCGUGGUUUGGACGGUGCCGACGAUCCUGUUCUAGGAUGGGCGGGGUAGAAACGAGGUGCCAAGUGUGAAUAACCCGAAAGUCCUAGCUUUCGGUCCUGAAGUUUAGGCUGAACUCCGGGAGGGGGUGCCGCUGGACCUUUGUGGUGGACGCUGGUCCCGCAGAAGGCUUUGGGGCUGUACUCUGGGUAGGGUAGCAGUAAAAACGCUUCUAUGCAGUUAAACUUUGGGACACUUUGAGGGAGUUUGGACCAGCUGAUUCCUUCCAGCUCCAGAUCCUAUCACACUGAAUAUGAGAAGCUAUUUUCUUGUCUGUACAGUGGAAAGUGCCUGAUGUGCCAAGUCUCUGAAAAACAACAUCCAUGCUAAGCUGUCAUGGCCAAACUCAAUUGCUUUGCUUGCAGUCUGCCACCGCUUUUAAUCAGUUCUGCAGGAAGGGGCAUGUUAGCUUCUAGGGACCCCAUUAACAGUUGUUUUCUUCUACCCCGCAUGUGCUCAGUGUCACGGUUUACCCUUGCAGCUGUGUUGCUUCCUAAAGCAUUCCUCAUUGUUUUAGCUUCCUGAGUAGGUUGUAAACCCUUCAGGUGUAAGGACUGCCUAUUGCAUAAUAUAUACGAACAUAUGCAUAUAUAUUUGGUAUACAAA